UAUAGAUACAAAUGGUCCAAUGGGAGCAAGAAUUUCCAGGAGCAUUUGAAACAUUUCGUUUCUGAGCGGAAGAGCCGUUUUCAAGUAGUGUUCGAUCGAUUAUGUAUUAAUCAAUAUUCGAUUGAUUGGUCUGAGGUUAUUGAUAAAAAAGAUUUGUCUAAGUCACUUCGUUUCUUUUUGUCCAAGUUACUUCGUUUUUUGUCCAAGUUACUUCUCUUUUUGUCUAACUCACUUCCUUUUUUCUUUGUGAGUUUCGAGAAUAUCCCCAUUCAUAGGUCUGAGAUCCACAUCUAUGAAUUGAAAGGUCCGAACGAUCAACCCUGCAAUCAGUUGUUAGAAUCAAUAGGUCUUCAAAUCGUUCAUUUUAAAAAAUUGAAACCCUUUUUAUUGGAUGAUCAUAAUACUUCUCAAAAAUCGAAAUUCUUGAUCAAUGGAGGAACAAUAUCACCAUUUUUGUUCAAUAAGAUACCAAAGUGGAUGAUUGACUCAUUCCAUACUAGAAAGAAUCGCAGGAAAUCUUUUGAUAACACGGAUUCCUAUUUCUCAAUCGUAUCCCACGAUCAAGACAAUUGGCUGAAUCCCGUGAAACCAUUUCAGAGAAGUUCAUUGAUAUCUUCUUUUUCUAAAGCAAAUCGACUUCGAUUCUUGAAUAAUCCACAUCACUUCUGCUUCUAUUGUAACAAAAGAUUCCCUUUUUAUGUGGAAAAGGCCCGUCUCAAUAAUUCUGAUUUUACGUAUGGACAAUUCCUCACUAUCUUGUUCAUUCACAACAAAAUAUUUUCUUCGUGUGGUGGUAAAAAAAAACAUGCUUUUUUGGAGAGAGAUACUAUUUCACCUUCGUCAAUCGAGUCACAGGUAUCUAACAUAUUCAUAUCUAACGAUUUUCCACAAAGUGGUGACGAAAGGUAUAACUUGUACAAAUCUUUCCAUUUUCCAAUUCGAUCCGAUCCAUUAGUUCGUAGAGCUAUUUACUCGAUUGCAGACAUUUCUGGAACACCUCUAAUAGAGGGACAAAGAGUAAAUUUGGAAAGAACGUAUUGUCAAACUCUUUCAGAUAUGAAUCUAUCCGAUUCAGAAGAGAAGAGCUUGCAUCAGUAUCUCAAUUUCAAUUCAAACGUGGGUUUGAUUCACACUCCAUGUUCUGAGAAAUAUUUACAGAGGAAAAAACGGAGUCUUUGCCUAAAAAAAUGCGUUGACAAAGGGCAGAUGGAUAGAACCUUUCAACGAGAUAGUGCUUUUUCAACUCUCUCAAAAUGGAAUCUAUUCCAAACAUAUAUGCCAUGGUUCUUUACUUCGACAGGGUACAAAUAUCUAAAUUUGAUAUUUUUAGAUAUUUUUUCAGACCUAUUGCGGAUACUAAGUAGCAGUCAAAAAUUUGUAUCCAUUUUUCAUGAUAUUAUGUAUGGAUUAGAUAUAUCAUGGCGAAUUCUUCAGAAAAAAUUGUGUCUUCCACAAAGGAAUCUGAUAAGUGAGAUUUCGAGUAAGUCUUUACAUAAUCUUCUUCUGUCCGAAGAAAUGAUUCAUCGAAAUAAUGAGUCAUCGUUGAUAUCGACACAUCUGAGAUCGCCAAAUGUUCGUGAGGUCCUCUAUUCAAUCCUUUUCCUUCUUCUUGUUGCUGGAUAUAUCGUUCGUACACAUCUUCUCUUUGUUUCCCGAGCCUAUAGUGAGUUACAGACAGAGUUCGAAAAGAUCAAAUCUUUGAUGAUUCCAUCAUACAUGAUUGAGUUGCGAAAACUUCUGGAUAGGUAUCCUACAUCUGAACAGAAUUCUUUCUGGUUAAAGAAUCUUUUUCUAGUUGCUCUGGAACAAUUAGGAGAUUGUCUAGAAGAAAUACGGGGUUCUGGCGGCAACAUGCUAUGGGGUGGUGAUCCCGCUUAUGGGGUCAAAUCAAUACGUUCUAAGAAGACAGAUUUGAAAAUAAACUUCAUCGAUAUCAUCGAUCUCAUAAGUAUCAUACCAAAUCCCAUCAAUCGAAUCACUUUUUCGAGAAAUACGAGACAUCUAAGUCAUACAAGUAAAGACAUCUAUUCAUUGAUAAGAAAAAGAAAAAACGUGAGCGGUGAUUGGAUUGAUGAUAAAAUAGAAUCCUGGGUCGCGAACAGUGAUUCGAUUGAUGAUAAAGAAAGAGAAUUCUUGGUUCAGUUCUCCACCUUAAGGGCAGAAAAAAGGAUUGAUCAAAUUCUAUUGAGUCUGACUCAUAGUGAUCAUUUAUCAAAGAAUGACUCUGGUUAUCAAAUGAUUGAACAACCGGGAACAAUUUACUUACGAUACUUAGUUGACAUUCAUAAAAAGUAUCUAAUGAAUUAUGAGUUCAAUACAUCCUGUUUAGCAGAAAGACGGAUAUUCCUUGCUCAUUAUCAGACAAUCACUUAUUCACAAACUUCGUGUGGGGCUAAUAGUUUUCAUUUCCCGUCUCAUGGAAAACCCUUUUCGCUCCGCUUAGCCCUAUCCCCCUCUAGGAGUAUUUUAGUGAUAGGUUCUAUAGGAACCGGACGAUCCU